UUAGGGCUCUUUGUCGUCUUCUUCGAGUUUCCACUUCCCAGCUUUCCUUCCUUCAUCAAUCUUCCUCAAAGUCCCUAACUUCGUUUUCUUCUUGGCUUUCUCGUUUUGUUCUUAUUCGAAUGACCUUUUUGUUAUUUGCAAAUGCUGACUGCUAGCGUUUGUGCCAAUUCUCCACCACGUCUGUCUACCGGGACCCGAUUAAAGUUGCAAAUUAAUUGCAAUGAUCGCUUUGAUGCUGUCAGAGUUUGUCCGCAAGUUAAGCCAAUCGGACUCGGCCUGGAAUUACAGCCUGUUGUUGGAAUAAGCAGGAAGCAAUCUAUCUCUGUUGUAUGUGCUGCUGCUGCUGCUUUGAGUGCAACAUGUAGUGCAUCUGGGCAAACUCAGACUGUUAUUCGCGAGGCACCAACAAUCACCCAAGCUCCUGUCCAUUCAAAAGAGAAGUCACCACAACUGGAUGACGGCGAUUCUGGAUUUCCUCCCCGUGAUGAUGAUGGUGGUGGAGGAGGUGGAGGUGGUGGUGGAGGCAACUGGUCAGGUGGAUUCUUCCUUUUUGGAUUUCUUGCAUUUCUAGGCUUCUUAAAGGAUAAAGAAAGCGAAGAAGAUUACCGGGACAGUCGAAGAAGGAGAUAAAGAGUGAGAGACUGCAAAUUGAUAAUAUUGUGGAACCAUUUGCAUAUAGAUUUUAAUACUGUAUGCCUUUUGAUAAUGAAUAACCUAAUUCAUCUUGAAAUAAGAAUUUGUAGUUAACUAGCCUUGUUCUUUUCCUUUUCUGGCAGAACAUAUGAAGAAGGGUAAUAAGAAUAGAAAAUUUGUUCAUCUAAUGAUUUAGAUUUCAUAAAUCACUUUCUGAUCUAAU